GGUGGAGUAUAAAGCAAAACUCCUUGAGGAAAUGAUGAACGAAGGCGAGGGGUACUUCGCGGGAGAAGGGUUGAAUGAAGAUCAAGGAACAAACCAGGGGCGAGGAGUCAAAACGACACUAUAAAAAGGAGAAAGGAUAGGACUGGGGAGCGUAGGGAGAUGCCAACCAAGAAAGGGAAGGAGAAAAUGGAGUCCCCAAGAAGGGAGGCGGAGAAGGCUACCAACCCGCCGACCAUAGACAGCGGCGCAAGCCGACCAGCGGUUUCGCACAUUAUCGCAAGGGGAUGCGAAGGGCUUUGGAGCUUAAGAGAAAGGGUGCUAGGCUGGUUCGACCCAGAAGGGACGGCAAAGCCCGAAGAAGGGACGAGAACUGGUAAGGAAGAACAAGGUUUUGGCACCCCCGAUGGAACAGGAGGAACCGAGGGAGGGCUUAAGAAAAUGGUGUCCUACCUCACACAGGUGCUAAAUAAAAAUCAGGGAUACCUGGCCGAUGCCAAGAAGAAGCUGACAUUCGACGGGGCUAAUAUCACAAAAUUUCUGAUAGACUACGAAAAUUUGGCAGCACUACUAAGGUGGAGCGAGGAAGAGAAGAUGGAACACUUAGGGCAGCAUGUGUCGUUGAACCUAGGUAGGGACAUAAUGGCUAUCGUUGCAACCAGCGGAUCCUGGAAGGAGGCCCGAGACGUAAUGAUGCAGAAAUAUCUGGCAGCCGAGAAAAUAGCUACGGAGACAAGGCUAGCUGCAGUACAAAGAAAGAACUUUGCAACAUAUAACGAUUUCUUGAGGGAAUUCAACCUCGUAGCAUUGCGAAUCCCGGGGGUAACCGGUCCCAUAACGAGUAAAUACUUCCUCAAGCAAUUCACCGAGUUCGACAAAGAUAAAAUCCUAUCAGCCUACCAGCAGACUACAAAGUUUAUGAAUAUACAGGACGUCGACUUCAGCACCGUGACAGACAUUGCUGAGAAGAUGGUUGUAACCGACUCACUGACCUUACUGAAAGAAGGAGAAGUCAUAGACCUAACCGGCAAAACGGACGAUAAGAAAAAGCGGCGGCAGGAGGACGAUGCCCUGGGAGUAAUGGUAGUAGAGAAAGAGACGGAGGUCGAAUUGGGAGCCAACUUGCCUAUACCAAAGGAGGCUCGAGAGGAGGAAAUCGGGAUAACACUGGAAGUCCCGGACAUACUACACCUCAUCAAGGCUAUCAGAUACCAUAAGUUUGACUACAAGAUUGAGCGCAUAGACGGUCUCAAGAAUAGGGCCGACGGCUUGAGCAGGGUGUGUUUUACACCGGAAGGAGUAGAGGACGUGGAACCUACCGAUGCGUUCCUCGACUACGAGGGAGGGACCCUUGCGGUAGAGAACGAAAUGAUAGAACCCGCUUGCACGUCUGGGGAAUUGCUGAUUAAGACUUUAGAGAAAGGGUCUCCCGCAGUGGUGGCAGUACUCAGAGAAGGGGCAGUUACAAGAACCGGCCACAAGGAAGAAUUGAUGGCGAUGGUUGUACAAGGAGGGCGAGAGGUGGUUAUGAGUUUGGUCGAGUCAUGGGAACAGAAGCGGCAGUACUUAGUAAACCAAGUGCGGAAUGGACAGGAGGAUCGUCAGGAUCAGAAGGAAUUCUUCCUUAUCCGAUCGUACGAUGACAUCUUCAAGGAGAUCGACUUAUUACUAGUGGGAAAUAAGAAGGUUCAGGAGGUCAUCCUCAAGGCCAGAGAGGAAGUUGAUAAAUAUGUACUAAGAAAUGAGCACUUGUUCAGAAAAGAGGAAGGCCUAAUGCCUAGAAGAAAAGCACAAGACAAGAUGGAACUCAAUAACGAGAACGAUGUCAAUCGCGCUAAUGUGGCUUUCGAAGAUGAGUGGCAAACAACCGAGAGGUCACGAGACAGACAAAGACCGGUGUUGUUCAUUGGGCUACGGCCAAGACGGACACUAGGAAGGAGAAAGAGAAAAAUAUUGGCCAGCAAACCUUCGCCCCUUAAGGAAGGCGAGAAACUGCAGCCUCUGUCCGAAGAAGAAAGGGAGGAGCAAGGGGUCACGGUGAGUAAAGCCUUGGGAUGCCUUGAGCGGGACCAGGCCGGGAGAAACCGGGCGGCAGAGGAAAAGGGAAGACGGGGCAAAGGGGCUACGGGACCCUUAGUGUAAAACCGACCCAUGAGAGAGACCUUUGUGCAUGAGACUUGGAGUGUGAAUGAAAGAAAAGAGUGAGA